GCGUGACCAUGCAGCUAGGCGCGGCCCUGGUGCUAGGGGUGGCCCUGUGCCUGGGGUGUGGCCACCCCCUACUGCGGGCCCCUGACCGACCCUUCUCAGUGCUGUGGAACGUGCCCUCAGCGCGCUGUAGAGCCCGCUUUGGUGUGCACCUGCCACUGGAGGCCCUGGGUAUCACAGCCAACCGGGCCCAGCGUUUCCAUGGCCAGAACAUCACCAUCUUCUACAAAAACCAGCUCGGCCUCUAUCCCUACUUCGGGCCCAGGGGCACCGCUCACAAUGGAGGCAUCCCGCAGGUGGUGCUUCUGGACCGCCACCUGGCACGGGCUGCUCACCAGAUCCACCGCAGCCUGGGACGUGGCUUCGCCGGCCUGGCAGUGCUGGACUGGGAAGAAUGGAGCCCGCUCUGGGCUGGGAACUGGGGCCGCCACCGAGCCUAUCAGGAUGCCUCGUGGGCUUGGGCGCAGCGGGUGUUCCCCGACCUGGACCCCCGGGAGCAGCUCCACAAGGCCCGUACUAGCUUUGAACACGCAGCCCGUGCCCUGAUGGAGAGCACGCUGCGGCUGGGCCAGGCCCUGCAGCCCCAUGGGCUCUGGGGCUUCUAUCACUUCCCGGCCUGCGGCAAUGGCUGGCAUGGUGUGGGUUCCAAUUACUCGGGCCGCUGCCACACAGCCACCCGCACCCGCAACACGCAGCUGCACUGGUUGUGGGCCGCCUCCAGCGCCCUCUUCCCCAGCAUCUACCUCCCACCCAGGCUGCCUCCUGCUUACCAGCAGGUGUUUGUCCGAUCCCGCCUGGAGGAGGCCUUUCGUGUGGCCCGCGCUGGGCACCCUCACCCCCUGCCCGUCCUGGCCUAUGCCCGCUUCACGUUCCAGAGGUCUGGCAGGUUCCUGUCCCAGGAUGACCUUGUGCAGACCAUCGGUGUGAGCGCAGCCCUGGGGGCAGCCGGCGUGGUACUCUGGGGAAACCUCGGCAUCUCCAGCUCCGAGGAGAAGUGCUGGCAUCUUCAUGACUACCUGGUGGACACCCUGGGCCCCUAUGUGAUUAACGUGACCAGGGCGGCCAUAGCGUGCAGUCGCCAGCGGUGCCACGGCCACGGGCGCUGUGUCCGGUGGAAUCCCGAACAGCCGGAAGCCUUUCUGCACCUGCAGCCAGAUGGCAGCCCCGGAGACUGGGAGCCCUUCCGCUGCCGCUGCUACUGGGGCUGGGCGGGCCCCACCUGUCAGGAGCCUGCCCAGGCCUAAGCGUGGGCCUGAAGAAACAGUAUGAAGCCAGGAGUCACCUGCUGCGACCCUCUUGUCUUUGCUGCCAUUUCCCAGUCCUUGAGGAUUCUCUCCCACUUUGUUCUCUGUAGCUUAGCCAGUCCUCCCAUAAACACACCCUGCUUCCCAUGGGAUCCCUGAGGAGUGGAAGGGUCAGAAGAAAAUAUUUACACUUUUAAAACCAGAGGCUCUCUGAGAUCACCUGAUCCCCCUUUUCUAAAAAGGAAGCAGUCCCAGGGAGAAAGAGACAAGGUUCCAGAUGGUUAGGGUUGCCAACGCAGAGCUCUGUUCCCACACAUCACUGGGUCCGCGGAGAGGUAGAAGGAGACCUGCCUGCCACCUCAAGAUCUUGGCUAAGGUCUGUACGCGCUUAAACUGCUGUCUGUACUUUGUUUUCAUCAUAAAGCCACUUUUUCUUUCACUGCCUGAGGUUUGGCUGUUCACCAUGUCUUCGCAAGCCCCGUGCUCACCCACUAGUGAGUGCCCGGCUGCAAGU